GGCGACGGAGGCGCCGGGGGCCCGAGUCGAGUCCCAGACAGCUGCCAUCCCUCUGGACCUGACAGGCUGGCCCUGGAUUCUUCAGGCAUCCCUGGAGCAAGAGGCUGCCCAAGGCGUGGAGCUGGGAGGGCGCUUGGACAGAACCGUUCAGGUGGCUAGGAGCUCUGCCAGCUUUGGACACCUUGGCGUCCGGGCUGAGCCUCUGCCGCACCAUGUGAUUGCCUGAAAGGCCCGGCUAGGAGCUCUGCGGCGGGAGCCAGGAGGAUCGUGAGCUGCUGCGCGCGGAGCUGAGAGCCCAGCCCUGCCUGGCGCGGCCUCAAGCCCUGAGCGGCACCAGGUGCCCGGAAGUUUGGGCACAGCCUCUGGGACUCCCUGGCCACCAGCAGACGGGAUGGUGAGCUACCUGCAUCCUGUUCUGCGGGCAUGGGUAGGCAGAGCCAGGCACGGCGGACCCCUGUGGGGUGAGUGUGUGCUGGGAACUGCCUCACACCUGAUAAAAAAGCCAGUGGAGGAGUGAGUGCUGCUAUUUUAUGUUGUCGAAUGGAUCCUCUGGGAUUGAUAAGGGGAGGGGACAAAGAUUCGGCAGAGAAAGGGUUAGGGUACCCCACCAGCUUGGGCAGGCACUAGAUGUGCCAAGUGGGGCACAUCUCCAAAGGGCAGCUGGACUUCCAGAGCUACCCGGGGUCCCCUCCCCCGCCGGCAGGCCUUCCCACCCCAGGCUUCCGUGACCACAGGUGCUUGCCUCCUGCCCCUUGGUGCCCGUCUGCUGAUGUGCCCAGCCUGUGCCCGCCAUGCCGCCCUCCAUCUCGGCCUUCCAGGCCGCGUAUAUUGGCAUCGAGGUGCUCAUUGCCCUGGUCUCCAUACCUGGGAACGUGCUGGUGAUCUGGGCGGUGAAGGUGAACCAGGCACUGCGGGAUGCCACCUUCUGCUUCAUCGCGUCACUGGCAGUGGCUGAUGUGGCAGUGGGCGCUCUGGUCAUUCCCCUUGCCAUCCUCAUCAACGUUGGGCCACAGACCUACUUCCACACCUGCCUCGUGGUCGCCUGCCCUGUCCUCAUCCUCACUCAGAGCUCCAUCUUGGCCCUGCUGGCAAUUGCUGUCGACCGCUACCUCCGUGUCAAGAUCCCGCUCAGGGAAGUGAAGUAGGAGCUGGUAAAGGGGAAACAGAUCCAGAGAACCUCCUGAAGCUGAUUGGGAGCAAAGCCUUGAUUCUACUGCUCCCCUUCCUUCCUGAUUCCCCCAGUGUCCCAGCCCCCUGAUGGCAGUGUUUCUGCCCUGUUUACCUCCUUCACAACCUCCAAGUUUCCCAGGGAAGGUGAGGUGAAGACUGCUGCUCAGGACAGAAGGGAAGACAGGGAAGGCAGCCCGGAAACCUAGUAAGCUCAGCCGCUGAGGGGCCUUCAUGC